CAUGAUUCCUGGUAACCGAAUGCUGAUGGUCAUCCUAUUAUGCCAAAUCCUGCUAGGAGGUACUAACCAUGCUAGCCUGAUACCGGAGACCGGCAGGAAGAAAAUCGCAGAACUUCAAGGGGGACAAGCCGGAUCCGGAGGCAGAUCUGCCAAAAGCCAUGAACUCUUGCGGGGUUUCGAAACGACUCUGCUCGCGAUGUAAGGGCCUCAGCCCAGCAAGUCAGCCGUCAUUCCUAGUUACAUGCUGGAUCUCUAUCGGCUCCAGUCCGGAGAAGAGGAGGAAAGCCUCCAGGAGAUUAGCCUGCAGUACCCCGAGCGAUCGACCAGCCGGGCAAACACCGUGAGGAGUUUUCACCAUGAAGAGCACCUGGAGAGCGUCCCGGGUCCCAGCGAGGUGCCCCGGAUCCGCUUCGUCUUCAACCUCAGCAGCGUGCCGGAGAACGAAGUGAUCUCCUCGGCGGAGCUUCUGGUACACCACAACGGUACCCGCUGGGAGACCCUUGAUGGGAGCCCGGCCGUGAUCCGGUGGACCAAGGACAAACAACCGAACCACGGGCUGGUGAUCGAGGUGACCCACCUCCACCACGCACAGACUCAUCAGGGCAAACACGUCAGGAUUAGCCGAUCUUUACCUCAAGGGCGCGGGGACUGGGCGCAGCUCAGGUCGCGGCCACCCCCGGGGUACCAGGCGUUUUACUGCCAUGGGGACUGUCCCUUCCCUCUGGCUGACCACCUCAACUCCACAAACCACGCCAUCGUGCAGACGCUGGUCAACUCCGUGAACUCCAGCAUCCCCAAGGCCUGCUGCGUGCCCACGGAGCUGAGCGCCAUCUCCAUGCUCUACCUGGAUGAGUAUGACAAGGUGGUCCUGAAAAACUACCAGGAGAUGGUGGUGGAGGGG